GCCCUGCCCGCGAAGAUGGCCGCGGAGCUGUACGCGCCUGCCGGGGCCGCGGCCGCCACCGCCACGGACAUCGCCAACAGCAACGCCGCCGCCGCCUCCGCCUCCGCGGCGGGCAGGAAGGGCCCGCCCAGCGUCCCGCCGCCCCCCCCGCUGCCGCCCCCGCCCCCGCCGCCUGCGCCCGACAACAACAACUUGGAGAGCCCCAACUGGCAGUCCUUCCACCCGACCCUGCGCGAGAGGAACGCGCUGAUGUUCAACAACGAGCUCAUGGCCGACGUGCACUUCAUUGUGGGCCCCCCAGGCGGGGCCCGGAGAGUGCCUGCCCACAAGUACGUCCUGGCUGUCGGCAGCUCAGUCUUUUAUGCCAUGUUUUAUGGAGAUCUGGCAGAAGUUAAGUCGGAAAUCCACAUCCCCGACGUGGAGCCUGCGGCUUUCCUCAUCUUGCUAAAGUACAUGUACAGUGAUGAGAUUGACCUGGAAGCCGACACAGUGCUGGCCACGCUCUACGCUGCCAAGAAGUACAUUGUCCCCGCGUUAGCAAAAGCCUGUGUCAACUUUCUGGAGACAAGUCUGGAAGCCAAAAACGCCUGUGUCCUGCUGUCCCAGAGCCGGCUGUUUGAGGAGCCCGAGCUGACCCAGCGCUGCUGGGAGGUCAUCGACGCGCAGGCUGAGAUGGCCCUCAGGUCCGAGGGCUUCUGUGAGAUUGACUGGCAGACACUGGAAAUCAUCGUGACGCGGGAGGCCCUGAACACCAAGGAGGCAGUGGUGUUUGAGGCCGUCCUGAACUGGGCCGAGGCGGAGUGCAGGAGGCAAGGCCUGCCGCUCACCCCGCGCAACAAGAGGCAUGUUUUGGGGCCAGCGCUCUAUCUGGUCCGCAUCCCAACCAUGACCCUGGAGGAGUUUGCCAAUGGCGCCGCCCAGUCGGACAUCCUGACGCUGGAGGAGACGCACAACAUCUUCCUGUGGUACACGGCGGCCAACAAGCCCCUGCUGGCCUUCCCGCUGACCAAGAGGAAGGGCCUCGCCCCGCAGAGGUGCCACCGCUUCCAGUCUUCCGCCUAUCGCAGCAACCAGUGGCGCUACCGUGGGCGCUGCGACAGCAUCCAGUUUGCUGUGGACAGACGGGUGUUUGUGGCGGGGCUGGGCCUGUACGGGUCCAGCUCUGGAAAAGCCGAGUACAGCGUGAAGAUUGAACUCAAGCGGCUGGGGGUGGUCCUGGCCCAAAACCUGACCAGGUUCGUCUCGGACGGCUCCAGCAGCACCUUCUCGGUGUGGUUUGAACAGCCCGUGCAGGUGGAGCAGGACACCUUCUACACGGCCAGCGCCGUCCUGGAUGGCAGUGAGCUCAGCUACUUCGGGCAGGAGGGCAUGACAGAGGUGCAGUGUGGGAAGGUGACCUUCCAGUUCCAGUGCUCCUCAGAUAGCACCAACGGGACCGGCGUCCAGGGUGGGCAGAUCCCCGAGCUCAUCUUCUACGCCUGAGGGGUGUGGGGGGGGCCGCAGCUGAUGGGCUUCGCACACUGUGUACACAGUCAGCUAGCAGAGCUGGGAAAUCGACCGUUUCUAUACGGCCAGAGCCUCGGUUUCUGAACCCUGGUGGCUGGGCCUCACAGGUGUCUCCUGCACGCUGGAGUGCACGUUUCAGGUGAAGGGCUGAUCUGGGGGCACACAGCAGGCCGAGACCCUGCCAGGGGUGCCCACACCGCCUGCUUUAGGGGCUGGACCGUUCCUCCCAGACUCCUGGAUUCCAUUCUAAGGGGUUCUGAGCUUAACCUAAGACCUUCCCUUCAGAUCCAAAAUCGGGAAAGUCACUUAAAAUUAGUUUACCUCUUUAAGUGGAUUUUCAUAAUAAAGUUGUAAUAAAGGGAGAACUAAGUGUAGAUAAGUGCCUGCAGGACACCCGAGUUCUCACCCACUGGGCCUAGUGUCUCCCCAGCAGCGCAGAAAACCUCCAUCCUGAACAAGGCUGCCCAGGUCAGAAGCAAGCCAUGGCCCAGGAAACCCGUGUCCCCGUCUGCCCUGUACCGGCAGGCCAGACCUCCACCAUCGGGGCAGGCUCGCUUCCCAGGGCUGCGGCUAGAAUGCUUGGUAAAGAGUGCUAGCUGCUGAGAAAAAGCCCUACUGUAUGUCUGGGAUGCGGAUUCGAGGGGAGCGGGUGGGGGUGGGGGCGCUGCAGGGUAAAGCAGGCUCUCCUCCCUACUGCACACUCCCUGGGCAGUUGCUUUGUUUCUGGAAAACUUUGGCCUGACCCCCAGAGGAAGGGACAGCUUCAGUCAGCACAGGGAUGUGGCCUCUUGGGAGGAGAGGGCGUGGCUGGGAGCUUGUCUGUGAUCCUCCCUGCUGGACUGGGCUUCCCAGCCCCAGGGCACCAUCAUGGGGGUGGCCCAGGAGCACAGCCCCUGCCUGCUGCCUCCUCACUACGAGGAAAUGCAUUUCUGGACGCUGACAGGCACAGGAAGGGGCAGCCUCCCCAGGCAGACUGAAAACCAUCCUCCCAGGAAAGCUCUAACACAGGCCCGGCCGUUCCAUCUGCGCCCAGCUCCUGCCUUCCCCGAGGCAGCUGGCUGCCAGGUGUAUUCCUCAAGCGGUGGACACACGGGUCCCCACGCAGAGCAUCACGCAGUUCCCUUGGUCCACACCCUUGUCCACACCAGCUGGGGACUGACCUCAGCAUUCUGGUUUUAAAUCAGAAAUAACCGCCACGCACUGGGCUCCUGGCAGCUUCGCAGGACACGUUUCUUACCCCCGUGCGUCCUCACACUUGCACACAGCCCCCCGCCCCAUCCCAAGCGCUGGCACUGCU